AUGGAAAUGACAUUAAACCUGAAGGAAUUGGUGCAACAUAAAAGUUCUGCCAAGGACUUAAAGUCAAAAUGCAAAGAAAUCAAAGAGAGAAUCACACCAGGAGAUGUGAAUGUGAAAAUCCAGUCAUUGAAUGGGCCUCCUGUUAAUAAUCCUACUUUCAAUGUACUUGAUUAUGCUGCUACUGCGAAUGGCCAAACUAAUGAUUCAAAAUCUUUUCUCAAAGCAUGGAAGGAUGUUUGUGAAGCAACACAAGACAGUCCAACCCUCUUAAUUCCUAAAAACAAAACAUUCAUGCUGCAACCUGUGACUUUCAUGGGUGAGUGCAAGUCUUCAACCAUUAACGUCAAGAUUGAAGGAAGGUUAAUUGCGCCAAGAGGAGUGAUCGAUUGGAAAUGGGAAGGAGUCAAAAAGGGCAGGUGGAUACAUUUUAGUGACAUAAAAGGGCUGCUUGUGAAUGGAAGAGGACUUAUGGAUGGCCAAGGUGCCCCAUGGUGGGACUGUUUUCAUGAAUCCCGAUGUAAGAGGCCUGAUAUGGCUUUGAGUUUUCGCAGGUGUGAAAAUCUACAACUUAAGGAGCCUACUCAUAUAAAUAGCCCAGCAGUUCAUAUACACUUAGAUUGCUGCAACGGGGCGUACAUCUCCAAUUUGAACAUUGUUGCGCCUCAGGAGAGGUCAAACAGUACUGAUGGGAUUGAUAUCUCCACAUCUUCCAACAUCAUCAUUCAGGAUUCCAAUAUUGAAACUGGUGAUGACUGCAUCGCCAUUAAUAAGGGUUCAUCUCUCAUUAACAUCACUGGUGUUUUUUGUGGACCUGGUCAUGGCAUCAGCAUUGGGAGCCUCGGACCACAGGGAUCUCAUGCAACAGUGGAAGACAUCCACGUCCGAAAUUGUACUUUCACAAGAACUUCAAAUGGAGCCAGAAUCAAGACAUGGAAGGGAGGAUAUGGGUAUGCCAGGAAGAUCACAUUUGAGGAUAUAACACUGGUGGAAGCUCGGAAACCAAUAAUUAUAAACCAAUACUAUGGGGGAGUAGAUGAAGUGACAGCAGUGGAAGUUAGUGACAUCACAUAUAGGAAUUUUAAGGGAACUUCGGCUACUGAGAAUGCAACUCAAUUGGUGUGUGACGUCAACAGAGAUUGCACCGACAUAGUGUUGGAUCAAAUUAACAUAACUUCUUCUCAACCUGGAAAGGCCACUUAUGCAUCCUGCGAGAAUGCUCAUGGCACAAGUUCUUCAUCAAAUGUCCCUGAUACAGAUUGUCUUAAAGUCUGA